CAACCAAAAGAUGAUGUGCUGAGAGACCUUCUGCUUCUUAGGACGCUGCCAUGAGAUGUUGUAGCGUUUUCCUCCACCAUGAACCUCCUGUGGAGUGUGUCCAUCGUGGCGGCGCUGCACCUCACGUCGAGCGGCAAGCCAACCCUUUUGAUGAGGAAGACGACAAGAAGAAAUAAACAUACGGAGUACGGUGCAAAUCCAUGCAACACCGUUCAUGAUGGAGACGACUGCGCCCUACAAAUCUUCGUGCCGCAAAAAACCAGUUUGGAGGCCCCCGUUGGGGAACACCUGCAAAUUGCUUGCACCAUACGGAGCACCUGCUGCAAGGAGUUUGAAAAGGUCUCCUGGCAUAAGGCGGAAAACAACACUUUUGUGCCGGUGACCAGCGACUCCCACAUGAAUACGAUACUGGAGCACAUCAGCAGCUCGGAGAAGAUGUUACGAUUACACUUCACACGCAUACAAAUAAGCCACGCCGGUUUGUAUCGCUGUCAAAGUGGAUUCAGCAUGGGCCACCUCAUCAGCGUGUCCGUCCACGAUAACCCUCCGAUGACUAACAGCUCAUUCAGGAAUGAAACCAGUCCUGCAGGGGAAGCACAGUGGAUGCUUGUGGCUUCUGCUGUUGGCACUGUGGCGUUUGUCGUCAUCGUGAUAUGUGUUUCUGUUCUAUCAGUGCGUAAAGGUCACACAAAGGGAAGGACACAGCUGGAAGAUCAGGUGAGACAUCCUAAACGCUCGGUACAACACAACAGGACGUGUUUCAAUACAGUAUUCAUACGUGUACGUGUGCAGGACAUCUCCAUGGAAAUGGAAAACCAACACACUGGUGUCAACCCGCUGGCCAGGCCAACCGCCUCUGACCCGCCAACUCCCAAAGAGACGCCACCCUCGCGGUUGCUGAGAGGCGGCAGCUACGUUUCCAGCUGGCUGAGCAGAGGGAAUGAAGAUCCAAACAGGAGGACAGAAGACGAGGACAACUCCGUGGUGUAUGCCGCGCUUGAUCACCGGCUGCCGCCAGGCAGAGCUGCUCGACCACGGAGGCCCAAGGAGGAGAGCUCAGAGUACGCGGCCAUACUGGUGUGAUACGAGGCGGGAGAAUGACUUCACUGCAAACGCAAGCUUGUUUUCUGUCGAUUUGGCUUCGCUUUUUUACGCCGGAUGCAAGGGGUGUCGCGAGAUUUCUGUUCAGAAAAAAGAUAUCUUGUGGGCUCUUGUGCUGGCACGAUAAUAAAUAAUUAUUCACACAAUAAAUGAAAAUGAACUUGAUCAUUUUGCCAGCUUCGAUAUAUUUCUGUGCCGAUAUUCGAUAUUUUCCUCGUCUCCAAACAGGCAGGAGGAGGGUUCACUUGUUUUCACGCUUCCUCUGGUGUCGGAAACAUCAACAUGGACAAUUGGCUUGAUUUCAGAUGCUUUCAUAUUUCAGUGCGAUAAGAACAUCGGGUGUCAGGACUUCAGAAAGAAAAGCAACGCUGGCAAAGUGAUUGGCAGCAUCAGCGGAAGGCGAUGCAGCAACUUUGCAUAAAGCCCGUGGGGGGGUUUCCUGCACUUUAUGAAAGUGUCAGUGCACCAUCAGGCAUGUGCAUGCCUCCAACUUUUGCCACAAUGUCAUGUAGUAAACGUACAUGAAUCCCUCAUUUAUCACAGUUAAUUGGUUCCAGGCCCGACAGUGAUAAGUGAAAUUACGUGAAUUAAGAUUCCUCAUUUAGAAAUGGAAUGUUUGUAGAUACAGCAAUGAAACCUUUUUACAGCCUUCUAAAUACAAUUUUAACAUUAUUCUACACCUCUAGACAUGAAAUAACACCCCUAUAUUCACUUUUACACUCAUAUUACCCAAUACGCUGUAGUAGACAUAACUAGAAAAAUUUGCCAUUCAAGACAAAAGGACUCGUACUCACUCGUGUGUGUUGCUGUAAAUGUGUUCCCGGUGCUAUGGGGGCAGACAGGAAGUGACAUCGGGGGUUCAGAGUUGCAUUUUAGCUUUCUGUGGGUUAUGGCCACAACGGUAGCCCAUGUUAGGGAUGAUUGUGCCUGUUGUGAGAUCACCCAAACCUGCAAUAAA